GGCCGCCGCGUCUGGCGCGCCUGGAAGGGCGACCUGUGGACGGCCCGCCGCCGCGAGUGGAUCGCCUGGGCCAAGGAGGUCGACGGCGCCCCCGCCGCAGCCGCGCCCGCGCCGGAGGGGCGGCGGCCGAGGGCCCCGAGGGAGGCCCAGAGGGAGCGCGAUGCGGGGACGUGGAAGCGGAAGAGGGGCGCGGAGGGCGGGUAGAGGGGGACAGAGGGCUCGGUGGUCAACCCAAUCUUGCUCGGCCGUGCGCCGUGUGUAGAAGACGAUGUCAGACAGAUAGACGGACGGAUGUAUAUACCCAGAUACCCCAGCGUUACCCAAAUACUCGCCCAGGUUUUUCCGGACGAGCGUCGUGCCGUCAGACGGCCCUUCAAAUUGACCGCAUCAUCAGCUUGUAAUGCUCUACCGUCUGAUCCAGGAUCGACAACGUAUAAGCUUUACGCAUUUGCGCAUAGUGUCGCAAUUCACGGCGCAGCGCUCUCCCACAUCUGUUUUCAAGUUCUUUAUUUAUUUCUUCCAAUUUUUUUGUACAAGGUUUUCAAUCUCACCUUUGCCAGCUCCCGUGUUUUCCCAGCCCCCUCUACAUCCUCUCUCUGCCUUGUCUAUCUCGGUCUUAUAUCCCGAUGUCUACUCCCUCCGUCCCUCCCUUAUCCGAGGGGCCUACCGAGAGCCCCAUUGAUUUAAUUAGCGAACUCCCCUUCCCCCCACGACCACCACCUCAUCUUUCCAAUUGAUGGAUCGU